AUGACAACGCCAUCUACAGCCGAUGGACUCAACAUCGCCAUGUCAAAAAUCACAUCCGCGAAUCAACUCACCUCUCCACUCCUUAGCCUGCCCGCUGAGCUGCGAAACCAGAUCUACACCUACGUCGGCCUCUCUACUAUCAUCAAAGCCGUUCAAUCUGAAGGAGCCGUCGUAUCUUCCACCGUCAUGUCCCAAAUCACUCUCACCAACGCCCUAACGUCCCCCCUCCUCCGCCUCCCCGCCGAACUCCGCAACGCCAUCUACACCUAUGUGGCCCUGUCUACGAUUAUCCGAAUCGAGGCAAUUCUAUCGCUAAGCGCCACCUGCAGCCUGCUCGUCAAAUACAAAUUCCACCUCCCAGGUCUGCUGAGCGCGUGCAAGCAAACCCUCCACGAAGCGACACCGAUAAUCUACGCAACAUGCACAUUCGACACCACUCAAGGCGACAACGACUGGCGCUGGCUAAAAUCCGAUUGCGACAACAAAGUCUCCCGCCAAAUUACUUCGUUGAGGAUCCCAGAGGCGCGCUCACUUGUCAUGGCAGAGGAGGUUUGGCUGCGCCUCCUCCAGAGGCGAGACACCAAGUGCUGUCCAUUGAACUUGCCAAGCUUGGAGAUUGUUCAUGUGAAGUCUACGCCCGCAGAUGUGCGUCGUAGACCGCCGCGCGUGAGAGAGUGGUUCGGCAACGACACUUUGAAGGUCAGGGCUGAGGCUCGUCGUGGCGUUUCCGGCUUCGAGGUUGAUUAG